AUGACUACAUUCGCCGUGUCCUGGUUCUGUGCUGAUAACUACACAUAUGAAACAAUUACCGAUAACCAUCGGCGAGGACUGGCAGAUCAAUGCCUAGCAGAACUCGUGUGCGUAUGUAUACAUGGAUUGUUGAUCGUCGUAAUGUCCACAACACUCUGUAUAUUAGGGUGUUGUACGGUUCUACGGUAUCUCACCUCACCAACUAUCGUCCUAUACCCCGGUCAUAACGUUAAAUGGAUAUUAUCGAUUGUAAUCUGGCUUGUACUACUAUGUAGCCUCGGAGAAGGCGUCUUAACUGACCUCACACGCAAUCCGGUAACACAGCCACAUUUAUACAUACCCCCAACCGUGGCACUGACAAGUAUGAUAAUAACCCUGACUUAUUACCAUCAUAUGGAAUAUUGGGAUGUUCCACGAAUGUCAUGGUUACUGGUGAUCUACUGGGCAUUCUCCUUAGUCGGGGAAGCGAUGAAACUUUCUAAUCUAUACAGCCAAUUUGGAUUAGACAUCACAAUACUACGAUUAUUCAACACAUUAUUGUUAGCUCUCUUGUAUGCGAGUUGUCUGCUGAUUGAAUUUAACGUGAUCAGAACAAUGGUGUUUGGUUGGUAUUAUUCGCGACCUCGGUACCCUAGCGAACUUAACAAUCCAGAUAUGCUGCUUUCGCAUAAAUAUACCAAUCUAGUUUCACGUUCCCUCUUUUACUCUUUAAAAUGGUUGUUGAAACUCGGAUAUAGGAAACCCUUGGAAAUGUCUGAUCUUGGCUGCUUGCCUCAGGAAUUUCACUGCAAAUACCAGUACCACGUGUUUGAGAAAGCUUAUGGGGCCGAAAAGGAAAAAGUGCGAAGCAACAAUAAGAAACCGUCACUUUGGAAAACGUACAUGAGGGGUUAUGGUUAUAGUAUACUUUUCUCAACCACACUAAAAUUCAUUUCGGAUUUGUUGAAUUUCAUACCCCCUCUUGCGAUCGGUGGCAUCGUGGCUUAUGCAACCCGAGUUUACUAUGAAGAAGACAUAUCGAAUGAUACACAGACGGUGUUCAUAACUGUUGGGGAGUUCUUUAGUAAUGGUUACGUCUUAGUAGCGGUGGUGUUUGUGUCUGUGAUCAUUAAAGGUGUCUUGUUGCAAGCAUCCUCACAUGCUACAGUGAUACCUGGUUUUAAAAUUCGUAUGAAUCUACAGGUGUUAUUUGCGCUGCUAUUAUUAUAUUUGGAGCUCGGCAUAUCAGCAUUCAUCGGUUCGUUACUGCUUUUCGUUGUAUCUCCUAUACAAUACAAGAUUAUUACAAAAAUGUCAGAGAUACAGUUCUGUGUUCUCUCGUUUGCAGACGAGCGCUUAAAGAAGUCCAAUGAGCUUCUACAAAGUAUGAAGUUACUGAAAUUAUAUGGCUGGGAAGAAAUAUUCUCUUCUAUUAUCGAAAGUAUUCGUUCCAGUGAAGUCGGACAAAUCGUCAGAACUGGAGUUUGCGUGAUUAUCUCAACAUUUCUUGCCCAAUCAACUCCAGUAAUUUCCACUUUUAUUACGUUUGCCAUCUAUUCUAAAAUAGGUCCAUCACCUCUGACACCAGAGUUGGCCUUUUCUGCUUUGGCUUUAUUCAAUCACCUCGCCAUGCCCCUGCUAGAACUACCAAACGCUAUUUCAGAAACAGUAAAUGCUAUCAUCAGCACCAGACGAUUUCAGAACUUGUUUGAUGCGUGUGAAGUCAGUGAAUAUGUUCAUGGUCGACCGUUACUUAGCAAAGGAUUCAAUGACGUCUCAGAUAGUAUGGGAACUAGUGAUGACAAUUCAGGGAAAAAGCAACUUAGUGUGGCUUACAACGGACAUUCAUCUGAACAUGAGAGAGAUGACCUCGUUCAUCUGAUCCACGAUACGCCCCCACACUAUGGUACCUUUGAAUCGGAGUCUACGGAAACUCCCGUCACAGAUAUACCAGAUCACCUCUCAAUUCAGAUAAACAGUGGCAGUUUUGCUUGGGACAAAGAUGAGGAAGCGGUGCUAACAAACAUUAACCUUAAUAUACCUACAGUUUAUGUGUAG